CCGUGUUUUGUCUGGCAGGAUCAGCGUUGACCAGAGCUGCCCCUGCACUUGGGGCACAUGCCCACCCGCCCGUGCCCGCACCUGGAAGAUGACCAGGCUGCUACUGGGGGUGACGCUGGAACGCGUGUGCAAGGCUGUGCUGCUGCUGUGCUUGCUGCACUUUGCCGUCACCGGGGUGCUCUACUUCGACGUCUAUGCGCGCCACCUUGACUUCUUCAGCCACUUCAAUAGCCGCAACGCCUCCCACGCCCCCCACGCCGGCGCCAACGCCAGCGCUGUCCGGCCCCGCAGCACUGCUCCCAGCUGCGGCCCGCCCUCGCCCAGCCUCCGGCCGGACGCCAACCACACUGCCACCCUCCCACCCCUGCUGCCCUGCCAAGACAUGCCGCCUGGCUUAGUGGGGCGUCUCCUCAUCGAGUUCAGCUCACCCAUGAGCAUGGAGCGGGUGCAGCGGGAGAACCCCGAGGUGCGGGCAGGCGGGCGGUACGUGCCCCCCGACUGCCAGCCUCGCCAGAGGGUGGCCGUGCUGGUCCCCUUCCGGCACCGCGAGCACCACCUCAAGUACUGGCUGCACUACCUGCACCCCAUCCUGCGCCGCCAGAAGGUCGCCUACGGCAUCUACGUCAUCAACCAGUACGGUGAGGACACGUUCAACCGGGCCAAGCUGCUGAACGCCGGGUUCCUGGAGGCGCUGCGGGACGACCCCGAGUACGACUGCUUCAUCUUCAGCGACGUGGACCUGGUGCCCAUGGACGACCGCAACCUGUACCGCUGCUACGAGCAGCCCCGGCACUUCGCCAUUGCCAUGGACAAGUUUGGCUUCCGGCUGCCCUACGCCGGCUACUUCGGGGGUGUCUCCGGCCUCAGCAAGUCCCAGUUCCUGAAGAUCAACGGCUUCCCCAACGAGUACUGGGGCUGGGGCGGUGAAGACGACGACAUCUUCAACCGGAUCUCGCUAAAUGGCAUGAAAGUGUCGCGGCCUGACGUGCGCAUCGGGCGCUACCGCAUGAUCAAGCAUGAGCGCGACCGGCACAACGAGCCCAACCCCCAGAGGUUCACCAAGAUCCAGAACACGAAGCUGACGAUGCGCCGGGACGGCAUCAGCUCGCUGCAGUACCGGCUGGUGGAGGUGUCGCGCCACCCGCUCUACACCAACGUCACGGUGGACAUUGGCAAGCCGCCCCCGCGCCCGGCCCGCGGAUAGCGCCGCUGGAGCCCGGGCACCGCACCCGUGCCUGGCCCUGCCCUGCCCCACUCUCGGGGCGCUCGGACACUGCAGGGCCUGGCCCCAGCCGAGGGCACGCACAGACCCGG